CGUCGGCCGCCGCUUCCGAUUUCCUCUGCUUACUAUAUAUAAGGGCAACGGUGGUCUGCGUCGUCACCACCGCAGGGAUGCCGGUGGAGAUAGCGAGCUCGCCGCUCCGCCGUUCUUUUUUCUAACGACUGCGUAUCCAAUUCGACCUCAUCGUCUCACACCGCCAAACUAUCCGCCAAUGCAUGUGACUUUGGUUCCUGCCUAUUUUUGCUCCCUCCAUUUCGCUUUCCUCUAGGGUUUUUUUGAUUCUCUUUGAUUUGGAAGGUUUGCUCCUUUCUUUGUUUUCGGGCGGUGGGGGACCGUCAUUAAAGGAUUCGUGAUUGGCGGUGGAUCCCACACCCGCCUUCUUUAUCUCUGCCGCCACAGCCUCUUCCCAUUUUUGAGUGGACGAAGGACGAACAGGGAGGCCGCUGCUAUUGGGAGGCAGCGGAGAGGAGGCGGAAAAACAAGCCAUGAUGGUUGGCGCCGGCGAGGAGGACAACGGCCGGCAUGACGACCAGGCAAGGAUCGAUGUGUCGGACGAGACGGCGCAUCAGAUUAGCACCGAUCCUUGGUACCAAGUUGCAUUUGUGCUCACUACGGGAAUAAAUAGUGCUUACGUCUUAGGUUAUUCUGGAUCAAUAAUGGUUCCAUUAGGUUGGGUAGCUGGUGCAACUGGUUUACUUUUAGCAGCUGCAAUGUCCCUCUAUGCUAAUAUUCUUGUUGCCCGUCUCCAUGAGGUUGGUGGAAAGCGUCAUAUCAGAUACAGAGAUCUUUCUGGUUAUAUAUACGGUAGGAAAGCUUAUUAUCUUACAUGGGCGUUGCAAUAUGUUAACCUUUUCAUGAUCAACACUGGAUAUAUCAUUAUGGCUGGGCAAGCUUUAAAGGCUACUUACGUGCUUUACAGGGAUGAUGGUGUUUUGAAGCUACCCUACUGUAUAAUCAUCGCUGGGUUGGUUUGUGCAUUCUUUGCCUUUGGCAUACCACAUUUAUCAGCUCUUGGAGUUUGGCUGGGCUUUUCAACAUUCUUGAGCUUGAUUUAUAUCAUUGUUGCUUUUGUGCUUUCUCUUAGGGAUGGAAUUAAUUCUCCUGCUCGAGAUUACAGCAUUCCAGGAUCACAUACCAACAAAAUUUUCAGUUUUAUUGGUGGUGCUGCCAGUCUUGUUUUUGCUUACAACACAGGCAUGCUUCCAGAGAUUCAGGCAACAAUAAGACCUCCUGUCAUCAGAAAUAUGGAGAAAGCUCUUUGGUUUCAGUUUGUACUAGGUGGAUUGCCACUAUAUGCUGUUGUUUUCAUGGGCUACUGGGCUUAUGGAUCGUCUACGUCGACAUAUCUACUAAAUAGUGUCAACGGCCCAAGUUGGUUGAAGGCAACUGCAAACAUUGCAGCUUUUCUUCAGACAGUUAUUGCCUUGCAUAUAUUUGCAAGUCCGAUGUACGAGUUCUUGGACACAAAGUAUGGAAGAGGGAAGGGGAAUGCCUUCUCCUUCUACAACCUUUCUUUUCGAGUCCUAGUGAGAGGGGGCUACCUCACUGUAAGCACUUUCGUGGCUGCUCUGCUUCCUUUUAUCGGAGACUUCAUGAGCCUCACUGGUGCUCUUAGCACAUACCCACUCACAUUCGUUCUUGCAAACCACAUGUACCUGAAGAUCAAGAAGAGCAAACUCUCCAUACCUCAAAAGGCUUGGCAUUGGCUAAAUGUCAUUGUGUUUAGCGGCUUAGCCAUCGCUGCGGCAAUUGCAGCUCUAAGGUUCAUUGUUAUUGAUUCCAAAACAUAUCAUCUCUUUGCAGAUCUCUGAGUUUACCACUUUGAUUCAUCAACUAUACAAGUUGUGUUUGAGCUCUUUACUACUGAUCAGCCCGGGCCAUGUAAGAAUAAAACAGAUCUUGAUUGCCAUAUGCUUGAUAAAUCUUAUGUUGCACUUGCAUA